AACAUCAUGCAAAAUAUAGAUGUCAAAUCGUGCGCGUGUAAGUGGUGAUACUGAUCGCGUAACGACUGCAAGAAGUCGAAAGAAAUAUCAGUUUAUUAGACCGCGUGAAUGCAUGUGUUGUUCGUCCGUUGUAAAUACAAAUACAAAGCAUUUGCCAAAGCAAAGAGAGGCAACGAGCUCCAUGCGUUUUUAAAUUCCUUUGAAAUUAGGCGACUCGUGAUUUAAAAAGCUGUCGGAAUGGAUCCGUUGUUAUAUUUGGGUGGGUUAGUUGUUUUGUUUUUGUUAUGGAUUAAAGUGAAGGGCUUGGAGUACGUGAUAAUACACCAGAGAUGGAUCUUCGUUUGCCUCUUUCUCCUCCCCUUAUCCGUCAUCUUUGAUGUGUACUAUUACCUGCGCGCGUGGAUCAUCUUCAAGAUGUGCUCAGCGCCAAAGCAGCACGACCAGCGAGUCAGAGACAUCCAGAGACAGGUGCGAGAAUGGAAAAAAGAUGGAAAAAAUAAGAAAUAUAUGUGCACGGGUCGUCCAGGAUGGCUGACUGUGUCCCUCAGGGUGGGAAAAUACAAGAAGACGCACAAGAACAUCAUGAUUAACAUGAUGGACAUCCUGGAGGUGGACACAAAACGGCAGGUGGUACGUGUGGAACCUUUAGCUAACAUGGGUCAGGUGACUGCUCUGCUCAACUCUAUUGGCUGGACACUGCCUGUGUUGCCUGAACUUGAUGACCUGACAGUUGGUGGGCUGGUAAUGGGAACAGGCAUUGAGUCUUCAUCUCACAUCUACGGCCUGUUCCAGCACAUUUGUGUGGCCUUUGAGCUGGUGUUGGCUGAUGGUAGUCUGGUCCGCUGCACUGAAAAAGAAAACUCUGACCUGUUCUAUGCGGUUCCUUGGUCCUGCGGUACUCUGGGGUUCCUGGUUGCGGCGGAGAUCCGGAUAAUUCCAGCUCGAAAAUGGGUGAAGCUUCGUUACGAACCUGUACGUGGUUUGGAUGCUAUUUGCAAGAGGUUUGCAGAGGAAUCGGCCAAUAAGGAGAACCAAUUUGUGGAGGGACUGCAGUACUCUCGGGACGAGGCCGUGAUUAUGACGGGCACCAUGACAGAUCAUGCAGAGCCUGACAAGACUAACUGUAUAGGUUACUAUUACAAGCCGUGGUUCUUUCGGCAUGUGGAGGGUUUCCUGAAGCAGAACUGUGUUGCAGUGGAGUACAUUCCUCUCCGGCACUACUACCACAGACACACCCGCAGCAUCUUCUGGGAAUUACAAGACAUCAUUCCAUUUGGGAAUAACCCAUUGUUCAGGUAUGUGUUUGGCUGGAUGGUUCCUCCUAAGAUUUCCCUGCUGAAGCUGACGCAGGGAGAGACCAUCCGCAAACUGUACGAGCAGCACCAUGUGGUGCAGGACAUGCUGGUCCCCAUGAAGCACAUCAAGACCUCCAUCCUACGCUUCCACGAGGACAUACAUGUGUAUCCUCUGUGGCUAUGUCCCUUUGUGCUGCCCAACCAGCCGGGAAUGGUGCAUCCUAAAGGAGAUGAAGAUGAACUGUAUGUUGAUAUCGGAGCGUAUGGGGAGCCCAAAGUCAAACACUUUGAAGCCAGAUCAUCCACACGCCAGCUGGAGAAGUUUGUUAGAGACGUUCAUGGAUUCCAGAUGCUGUAUGCUGACGUAUACAUGGAACGACAGGAAUUCUGGGAGAUGUUCGAUGGAACACUGUAUCAUAAACUCAGAGAGCAACUCGACUGUAAAGAUGCGUUUCCUGAAGUAUUUGACAAAAUCUGCAAGUCUGCACGACACUGAAUCCAGUCGAACCUGAAAGGUGUGACCAACCAAACAACCAAACAACCCUUUUGCUGAAGAACAUGAGCAAAUUGGGGCAGAUACACUUAAAGCGCAAAUACUCUUCUUUCUUGAAGGAACACCAGCUAUGUUUCAAGUUCAACCCCCUUGUCCUAUGUCUAUAUUUGAGACAAAAAAUAAAGGGCCUUAUUAUAACACAAUUAGAUUAAUUUAAACAAUAUACAGCGCUUAACAGAUCAGUAGUUUAUGGACAUUCAACUGUGAAUAAAUAAAACUAUUUUAGAAUACUUUGUUUAAUGAUCUGUUACGCAUCAUAUAACACAAUUUUACUCUAAAAGAGUUACAAUUGAAGCUAGUUUCCACCAUGUAAUAAAAAAUAAAAAUAUAUAUAUAUAAAAAAAAAAAUUUAUCUCACAAUUCUGACUUUUUUCUUGCAAUUGUGAGUUUAUAUCUCACAAUUCUGAGAAAAAUGUAUAUCAUAUAUAUAUAUAUAUAUAUAGGCCUAGAUAAUAUCUAAAAUUAUAUCUUUAAUAUUUAAACAAAAUCGCAAUUGCUACUAGAAAAAAAGUCACAAUUACAUCUUUUAUUUUUUAAUUUGUGGUGGAAAAAAGCAUAUUCUCUAUUUUCCUAUAUUGUGAAUGUUUCCUACCUCACACUAGAUGUCUUAACAUUAUCUAACAUAAUGAUUUAUUUUUGAGGUGUGUUGAAAGGGAUAUAACAUUAAAGCACUUAAUAUAAGCCUGGCACAAUUUGUGAAUGUGUUUAGCAUUUGUUUUCUACCCAUAAUGUAACACUUAUUAUUAUGAAACAUAUAUUUGUACUAAUUAUGAAAUGACUUUUGUCAUUAGUACAGUUAUUUUCAGUUACAAACAUAAAAACAAACCUUUUUUUUUUUUUUAAUAUAAAAAUCAUAUUUGUGGCCUUCUGAGCUUGUUUUUGCUCUUUUAUACUGUGUUCACAAUAUAUAUUUUGUAUUUGUAUUUUCAGUGUGCUGAUACUGUGGAUGUCACAUACUUAGCAGACUCAACACACCCAUUAAAAUGAAUAAUUUAAACCAUC